UUUUUGAAUGCUGUGGGAUGAAAAUAUUCUUGUAAAUCUAGUCUUUUAUUGAGCCAAAAUUACUUAAACAUGUGUGAAAUUUACGUUGUGUAGUGUUGAAUUGGUUUUUUACUUAUUAUUAUUCUUAUAGUCAAUAAGUUUCUGAAAUGAAUUAUUUGUUUACUAGAAAUAACGACAUAGAUUACUAUGAUGAUGAUGAUUAUGCUAUUGCGUACGCCCCUGAUCAUAUUUUGGAGAAUAUUUUUUCAUACUUAAAUCUUAAAGACCUUCUCAACUGUUCUUUGGUGUGUAAGAAUUGGUAUAAGGUACUCAACGAUGAAAAUAAUGAUGUUUGGAGGUUACACUGUUUUAAAAGACUAGCUGAAGAAGUAAUGAAAUCAGACCUUCUUUCGACUGUGACGACAUACAAAUCUAAAUUGAGAGCGUUUUAUCAUGCUUGGAAUCCACACGACUGUUCUAGAAACAUUUAUGUUAAACCCAAUGGAUUUACUUUACACAGAAAUCCUGUUGCACAAAGUACAGACGCUUGCAGAGCAAAAAUUGGAUUUCGCCAAGGUCGUCAUGCAUGGGAGGUUAUAUGGGAAGGGCCAUUAGGCACUGUUGCAGUCGUUGGCAUAUCUACUAAAGAAGCACCCUUACAGUGUCAAGGAUAUGUUGGAUUACUUGGGUCUGAUGAACAAAGCUGGGGUUGGAAUUUAGUGGACAACCAUUUACUGCAUAAUGGGGAUACCCAAGGACAUUAUCCGCUUCUGAAUAACUGUCCAAAAUAUCAAGUAGGAGAACGUAUAAGAGUCAUAUUGGACUGUGAAGAUAAUACACUAUCAUUUGAAAGAAAUUAUGAAUUCUUAGGAGUUGCAUUCCGAGGUUUACCAAAUAAAAAACUAUAUCCAACAGUGUCUGCUGUUUAUGGAAAUACAGAAGUAUCUAUGGUAUACUUAGGACCCCCGUUGGAUGGCUGAUAGUUAAUUUAGUUUAUAUUAAGCUAGUCAAAAUGUUAUUAAUUAUUGUGAUAUAUUAUUAUUUCCAAUGGCAUAUAUUAUAAGCUUUUUUUUUUUAAAUAUACCUAAGUAACUU